GCCCGCAGGCACCCCGCCACGCGCGCUUCCCACCGCCAGGAUGCCCAAGAGGAAGGUCAGCUCUGCCGAAGGGGCGGCCAAGGAGGAGCCCGAGAGGAGAUCGGCCAGGUUGUCGGCUAAACCGGCUCCUGCAAAGGUGGACGCGAAGCCCAAGAAGGCAGCUGGCAAGGAAAAGUCGUCUGACAAGAAGGUGCCGGCCAAGGGCAGGAGAGGGGCAAAGGGCAAGCAGGCCGAGCUGGCCAACCAAGAAACCAAGGAGGACAUGCCCGCAGAAAACGGAGACACUAAAAACGAGGAGAGUCCCGCCUCUGAUGAAGCCGAGGAGAGGGAAGCCAAGUCCGAUUAACGCCACACACCAGGUCUUAUCAGUGCUCCCCGUCUCCCUUCUUGUACAAUCCAGAGGAAGAUUUUUAU